UCCCCUGGGCGCGCCAACGGAGCGCGCAACCCGCCCAGCCCCGAGCUGCUCCUUGGCCACCAGACUCCCGGGCCAGCCAGCCAUGGACCUCAACGCGUCCUCCGCCCCGGCGGGGGGCAACUCCACCUCGGAGCUGGGGGGCGGCGCCUGGAGGAGCCGGGAGCCCUUCUCCAUCUUCAGCAUCCUGGUCCUCACCCUGCUGGUCCUCCUGACCGUCGCCACCUUCCUCUGGAACCUGCUGGUGCUGGUGACCAUCCUGCGGGUCAAGACCUUCCACCGGGUGCCCCACAACCUGGUGGCCUCCACCGCUCUGGCCGACGUGCUGGUGGCGGCGCUGGCCAUGCCGCUGAGCCUGGUGAGGGAGCUGUCGGCCGGGCGGCGCUGGCGGCUGGGCCGGGCGCUGUGCCACGCGUGGGUCUCCUUCGACGUGCUGUGCUGCACGGCCAGCAUCUGGAACGUGACGGCCAUCGCCCUGGACCGCUACUGGUCCAUCACCCGCCACCUGCAGUACACCCUGCGCGCCCGCCGCCGCGCCUCCCGCGCCAUGAUCGGCCUCGCCUGGGCGCUCUCCGCCCUCAUCGCCCUGGCGCCCCUCGCCGGCUGGGGCGAGACCUACAGCCCCGCGCUGCAGCGCUGCCAGGUCAGCCAGGAGCCCUCCUACGCCGUCUUCUCCACCUGCGGCGCCUUCUACCUGCCGCUCGGCGUCGUGCUCUUCGUCUACUGGAAGAUCUACAAGGCGGCCCGGUUCCGGAUCGGCGGGCGCCGGGGGAACGCGGUCCUGCCGCAGUCGGAGAGGGGCCCGGUGAAAGAAGCUUCCCAUGAACCACAGAUGGUGUUUACAGCUCGCCACGCGACUGUCACUUUCCAGACAGAUGGAGAAACAUGGAGGGAACAGAAAGAGAAAAAAGCAGCUUUGAUGGUUGGCAUUUUAAUUGGCGUUUUUGUGCUUUGCUGGAUACCUUUCUUUAUCACAGAAUUAAUAAGCCCCCUCUGUUCCUGCAACAUUCCACCCGUCUGGAAAAGCAUCUUUCUCUGGCUUGGCUACUCCAAUUCUUUCUUUAAUCCUCUUAUUUAUACAGCAUUUAACAAAAAUUACAACAAUGCCUUCAAAACCCUUUUUGUGAGACAGAGAUAAAAGAGGGAUGGUUCCAUUACCAUGUCAUGCACUGACUUAGUGGAGGGAGUAUGUGCCUGUGAAAUGUCUGAUUGUAAAGAGCAGCUGCUGUCUAAAGGGAUUUUGCAGCAGUGAAGAUGAACACUGAACACCUGUGUGUUGGGACACAAACCUACUUACCCUGUACAGUCUCCCAUUGAAAUGCAUGUACACUGGGCUGUACUGAGGAAAGACGAUGAUAGAAGACUGAAGGGGUGAAUGUUUCCCUUCUCUAGGAUUUGAAUCAAUCUGUGCUCAAUUCUGGAAGAAGUGAAUUAAAAACAUCUAGCAUCACACGUGUCCAAUCUAACCAGACUAAUCCCCUAUUAGGCCAACUCUUGCUGUCAUGUACUAGAAUCUUCUUAAUGGGCACAGGCAUCAAUGGAAACUCUGCCAGCACUCCUGUAAACAGGCUUGGCAGAAACACCUGUGCCACUUACCUAUUCUUGUGUGUCGCUGCAGAGCAUCUCACACAGUCUGAUCUCUGGCCAUCAUCAAGUUACUGAGCAUAUCUAUCAGGGUGCUGAUUGCAUGGAUUCUACCGUCACGCUGCACAAAGCCACAGCAUUCUAGCACAAUUUUUCUAAAGGCUUGGAUUCCAUGUUUGUUUUUUAUUAGGAGGGAUUCAAAUUAAGUCUUUCCAUCUCACCACAGCAGUGUUAUUAAAUGUCUGUAGAGGAGGUUCUGACAAUGAAAAAAAUGAUGCAGAAUAUGUGAUCAGCCAUAACUUGUUUUACUUUUCUUUAAACAAAGCUCAUUGCAGUGUACCUGAAAAGGUUUCAUAGUGCUGAGGGGAAGCCAAAAUGACCUCUUCCUUCUCAUCGAAGGCUUAACUUUCAUAGAAUUAAAACUGGAAUGGGGUGCUCCUGCUUUUCAGAGAAUAUACAGAACUAGAGAUCUGUUCUCUCUUUUGUACACCACUCUUUGGGAAGGUCAGAGGAAUCAUUACCAAGCUCACAGCUCCACACUGGGUGAGUUCAACCGGAGUGGUUAUAUGGGUAUUGUGGUCAUCUCACCCCCAUGCAGCCCAUGGGCAGCUAGGAUACCACUGUGCUGCACUAGGGUGCAGUACAGAACUUCAGAGGGACCUAUAUAUGCCCCUCUUGAACUUGACAGAAGCACACACUCCUAAUUGGAAGACUGGUGUUUCAUGAAGUUCUGGGAUAGUGGCUCUGGGUUGCAACACCAAACUCAGAGUGUACUAGGCAGGUCCAGGGAGACCCCUCAGGAUACUAACCAGAAUCCAGGUAUAAAGAAACCUCCAGCAGAAUGCUUUUCCUUGUUCUCUGUAGUACUUUUUAAAUCUCUUUACUGCCAUAAGCACUUAGGAGUGAACUUCGAGUAUUGGAAGAGAAAAGAAGAGAAGUCUCUUGUGGCCUUUCUACUCUAGUUGAUAUUUAGAUCUAAAAUAGAUGGGAAGAGAAGCAGAAGAAUUAUACACAAGGACCAUGGAUGGGAUUUGAAGAGCAUAAAUCCACCAACAAGCUUCCCUUUCCUCCUGUGAUGCCUUGGGUAGUUAUGGUCUGCUGACCCAUUAAUUUAAAUGCGAGGGGCUGUUAGUAGGACAUUUUCAGGCCACACUGCUGCUCCAAGUCUGCUGACUUUCAAGGUACACAGGAAAGUUUCUCUUGUUACAGAUUUCCCCCCCCCCCCCCAAAGAAUUUGGGUUUUUUUGGUAAGAAAUUAAGAUUCUCCCCCACUCCUGGCAGAAAGUGGAAAGGAGAGCUGAGGCUAGAUCCUCAGCUGGUGUACAUGGGCAUAACUCUACUCAUUUCAGUGAUGCAACAUUGAUUUACACCAGCUGAGGCCCACAGUUCUUCAGUUGGUGGUGUGUCAAUACACAGAGCCAGCUAACUGAUGUAUUUUUUUAAUUGUACAUGCACUUAUAGUUUUCUGAUCAACACAUUUUAUAAAUAAAAAAAAUGAAACUCUC